CACAGGACUCACAGCAGAUAAAAAACCCCUAGAGUUCACUACAUACGGGUUCCAGAACGAGGUUCCUUCUCUCUCUUUCUCAAACUCGAUCUUUCGUUUCGUUUAGCUUCUGAAUCUGCAACGAUGGUGCUUGAGGCGACAAUGAUUUGUAUUGACAAUUCUGAAUGGAUGCGUAACGGCGAUUACGCUCCUUCUCGAUUUCAAGCUCAAGCAGACGCUGUCAAUCUCAUUUGCGGUGCUAAAACCCAGUCUAAUCCGGAAAAUACAGUGGGAGUUCUCACAAUGGCUGGGAAGGGCGUUCGUGUUUUGGUCACCCCUACCAGUGAUCUGGGCAAGAUCUUAGCUUGCAUGCAUGGACUAGAAAUAGGUGGUGAGAUGAACCUAGCUGCUGGCAUUCAGGUGGCACAAUUGGCUCUUAAGCAUCGGCAAAACAAAAAGCAGCAGCAAAGGAUUAUUGUCUUUUCUGGAAGUCCUGUCAAGCAUGAAAAGAAAAUGUUGGAGAUGAUAGGGAGAAAGUUGAAAAAGAAUAGUGUAGCACUUGAUAUUGUCAAUUUUGGUGAAGAAGAUGAAGGAAAGACAGAGAAGCUUGAAGCACUCCUUGCAGCUGUUAACAAUAAUGAUACCAGCCACAUUGUUCAUGUCCCAUCUGGUCCAAAUGCUCUUUCUGAUGUACUUAUAAGUACACCAAUUUUUACUGGUGAUGGGGAAGGUGGAAGUGGUUUUGCCGCUGCUGCAGCUGCAGCUGCAGCUGGUGGUGUAUCUGGAUUUGAUUUUGGUGUGGAUCCAAACUUGGAUCCUGAAUUGGCUCUUGCUCUAAGAGUUUCAAUGGAAGAGGAGAGAGCCAGGCAGGAAGCAGCAGCAAAAAAAGCUGCAGAGGAUGCUGCCAAACAAGAGAAAGGAGGUGAGCAGCAAGCCAGCUCACAAGAUGCAACAAUGACUGAGCGUGCCAGUGCAGGAACUUCUGAAGCUGAGAAUAAGACAAAUGAUUUGACGGAUGAUGAGACUGCCCUACUACAGCAGGCACUUGCAAUGUCAAUGGAUGAUCCUGCCGUUAGCCAUGAUGUAAAAGAUACCGAUAUGUCAGAAGCAUCUACGGAUGAUCCUGAGUUGGCUCUUGCUCUCCAAUUGUCAGUAGCAGAUAGUACAAAAGACCAACCAAGCCAAUCAGACAUGAGUAAAUUGUUGGAAGAUCAAUCCUUUGUAUCUUCUAUCCUUGCAUCACUUCCUGGGGUUGACCCGAAUGACCCUUCUGUCAAAGAUUUGCUGGCCUCCAUGCAAAGGCAGUCCGAGCCUCAGCAGAAGAACGAAGACAAGCCAUCAGAUGAGGAGGAGAAGAAAUAAUCUUUUAAGAGUCACUUUGCACUGUCUGGUUUUAUUUUGCUCCUUUCGAGAGACAUUGGUAGCAUUUUAGAUGGCUGUUCUAAUCGGCGAACUAUGUUCGCGUGUUCCAAUCAUUGGAGUCUCCAUAGCUGAUGGGAACGGAUUGCAUAUCUCUGGGUUGAGUCUCGGAUGGUUUUUUUUUAUUUUUAUUAAAAAUGCUCUCGAUUGUCACGCCGUAUUGUUGGUCAAGGUUGUGCUUAUCAUGUAACGAGGGCUUUAAAGGACUUGGUUUAUGUUAAAGAAAGUUAACCAUUUAAAUAUAUUUCAAUGACUU